GUUAAUUAGAAGUGAGAUGGCCCAUGCCCAAAAUUGAGCCUCUCAAAGAAGCCAUAGCCAUUGCUGAAGCUGAAGAAAACGCUGUGAAACUCAGACUUCUCUCUGAAACCUUUCAUGCCUUCCAACUCACUCAUGUCAUCAGAUUCCUUCUCUCUCUCUCUCUCUCUACAGAACUUCAGUGAGUCUCUUUCUGCUUCCCAUUCUCCUUCUUCUUCCCAAUGAUUUUGUUUUAGGAGCCUAGAAGAUGCAGGAUCUGUUGCAGAAGAACAAAUCAUGAGCUUCAAAAUCACAAAUCUGCCCUUCUUUUUUCCUCCUCUUCUUCUUCUUCUUCUUCUUCCCUCUCUGGCCCUGGCCCUCAACGGCGAUGGCCUCCUCUUGAUUUCUCUCAAACGCUCCAUUCUCGGCGAUCCCUUGUCUGUUUUCGCCAAUUGGAACUUCAACGACGCCACCCCUUGUUCCUGGCGUGGAGUCACCUGCACUGAUCUCGGAAGCUACGGCGGCGGCUGGCCGGAUGUUCUCAGAGUCACCGCCGUCGCCCUCCCCGGCAGCCAGCUUCUGGGUUCCAUUCCUGAUGAGAUUGGAAGGAUCGAGCACCUUCGUCUUCUCGAUCUUUCGAGUAAUUUCUUUAAUGGGUCUCUGCCAUUUUCCAUUUUCAAUGCUUCCGAGCUUCAGAUUCUUUCCCUUGCCAACAAUGUCAUCUCCGGCGAGUUGCCGGAGUCUAUUGGGGGUUUGAGGAGUCUUCAGGUUUUGAAUCUGUCUGAUAAUGCGUUGGCCGGAAAUGUGCCCGGAAAUCUCACUACUCUGCGGAAUCUUACUGUCGUUUCUCUGAGAAGUAAUUACUUCACCGGAGAUGUUCCGAGGAAUUUCAGUUCGGUUGAGGUUUUGGAUCUGUCUUCUAAUUUGUUUAAUGGGUCUCUGCCAGCGAGUUUUGGUGGGGAGAAAUUGCGGUAUUUGAACUUCUCUUACAAUAAAAUUUCGAGCCCCAUUCCGCCGGAGUUCGCCAAGAGGAUUCCGGCGAAUGCGACGAUGGAUCUCUCUUUCAACAAUCUCACUGGGCCGAUUCCUCAGUCACUUGCUCUGCUUAGCCAGAAAACAGAGGCGUUCGCCGGAAACGAAGAUCUCUGCGGGAAGCCACUGAAGCACCUCUGUUCAAUUCCUUCUUCACUCACUACUCCACCCAAUGUUUCCGAUACUUCAUCUUCUUCUCCGGCAAUCGCCGCCAUACCCAAAACAAUCGGCUCUGUUCCGGCCACACAAACGACCGGAGGUCCAAACGGGACACAAGCUUCUCAGCCGCAGAACAGCAUGAAACCCAUCACAAUCGCCGCCAUCGCCAUCGGAGAUAUCGCCGGAAUCGCGAUUCUCGCCGUCGUGAUUCUCUACGUAUACCAUCACCGGAAACAAAAAACCCCCGAUUCCAAAACCCUAAAGUCCAAACCCGCCGAGAAGAACCCGCCGAUGGGCUCAGAACAAAACCCCCACAAUCAGAAGAAACCCUCGUCGGUUUUGUUCUGUUUGGCUAACAAAGGCGAAGAGACCUCGGAGGCGACGAGUUCUUCCGACGGCGAAGAGAACAGAGAGAAAUCCGGCGAGGAAAAAACAGAGAGUAAGAAAAACGGCGUGCUCGUAACGGUGGACGCCGAAACGGAGCUCGAAUUGGAGACUCUGUUGAAGGCGUCGGCGUAUAUACUCGGGGCGAGCGGCGGGAGCAUAGUGUACAAGGCGGUGCUGGAGGACGGCACGGCGUUCGCCGUCAGAAGGAUCGGCGACGGCGGCGGCGCUGAGAGAAUGAGGGAUUUCGAAAGCCAAGUGAGAGCCAUUGCUAAGAUUCAACAUCAGAACUUAGUGAAAAUUCGAGGGUUCUUCUGGGGAGACGACGAGAAGCUCAUCAUCUACGACUACGCCUCCAAUGGCUGCCUCGCCGGCGCCAUUCACAGAAAACCGAGUUUGUCGUCUUCUUCCCAGAGCCACCUUCCAUUGGAGGCCCGACUGAAGAUCUUGAGAGGAAUCGCUCGCGGGCUGGCCUUCGUCCACGACAAGAAGCACGUCCAUGGCAACCUCAAGCCCUCCAACAUCCUCUUCAACUCCGAUAUGGAGCCAUUGAUCAGCGAUCUCGGCCUCGACCGGCUCGUCUCCGGCACCUCCAGCGCCAAAAUCGCCCUCGCCUCCGGUUCGGCCAGGAACUUCGGGAGCCACAGGUCCACGCCGACUCGCGAGCACCAAGACGGCGGCGGCGGCGGAAGCCCGGCGGUGAACCUGGCGUCGGGGUACCAGGCGCCGGAAUCUCUGAAGAGUCUGAAACCGAGCCCUAAAUGGGACGUGUACUCGUUCGGGGUGAUGGUGCUGGAGGUGAUGAGCGGACGAACGGUGACGGAGAGGGAGGUGAAUAAUCAAUGGAGCGGCGUGGGAUUGGGGGCGGAAGAUGAGGGGCGGAUGAAGAAGAUGACGGAUCCAGCGAUCAGGGGGGAAGUGGAAGGGAAAGAGGAGGCGAUGAUGGGGAUUUUUAGAUUAGGGUUUAACUGCGUUUGUUUUGUGCCGCAAAAGAGACCCACCAUGAAAGAAGCAGUGCAGGUGCUUGAGAAAAUGUCUGCAACCAUUUCUUCUCGCUAAUUGAUAAUCAUGGAGUAUUUUCUUUCUCUGAUCUCUACUGUGGAUUUUUUUUGUUGUUGUGUUAGGAUGGAAAGUGAAGCGAUAAUUCUUGUUCUUCUUUUUGAGAUGGAUUUGAUUUGGGAUGUAAAGCGUGUGGAUAAAAAUCAUAAAUCAAUAUUAAUCUUGGAAGGAAAGUGGCCUGUAGUUUAUAUUGGA